AUGGCUCACUCUAUGGCACAGUGGCUGUUGAUCUUCUUUGGCGCGAUGACUGUCAGCGCCCUAAAGGACUACCGCGAGGUCCUCAUGGGGCCGUGCAAGCGUGCCACUGAUUGCAUGUGUGACAGCCAAUGCGGUCAAAGGAAUGACUGUUGCCCUGCCAUUGACCUUGGUGGACCAAAGCCAUCUUUUGAACCGCAAAGACGAUCCUGUAUUACCAUCGCGCACAUAUUUACGAAAGAAGAGGUAGUCCAGGCUGAUAAACCGAUCGAGGCGAUUGCAUCAUGCCCGGAAGACGAAUCACUGUCUGUGGACGUGGUCAACGCAUGCAAGGCUAGUAGCUUAUACGAGCCGGAAAUGCAGGAUGUAAUUUUAGAAGAAGGACCUUUUGUUUGGUUGAAAAAGCAUGCAAGAGUACUGGUGCCCGUGGUGGACGUCAGAGACAGACAAGUCUAUGCUAACAUCGAUUGUGCUAUUUGCAAUGGCGUAUUUUCUUCUAAAUCACCGAACAUUCCACUUUGGGAGAUCAAAAAAUAUGUUCUACUGUAUCCCUUGAAAGUUACUUGCACGGAAAACAUGUCAGAACUGUCUUGUCAGAUCACUGGCGACCUCCCUUACAGUUUAAGCCCACUCUGCAGUUUCAUGGGUCCGCGGGGGAUUAUUCACUAUCCAUCGCUUUAUGCAUUUGGAUUUGAUGAUAUUUUCAUUCUCCCCGAAGAAUAUCUAGCUGGUGGCAGUAUCAAACUUCCAUUUGAGCAACUUCAAGAUAACAUCACCACCACCAACUCUACGACCGAGCUUACGGAAAGCCAGAAAAAUGUGGGAGAAUUCAUGUAUUGGCUUCAAAUAGUAAUUACUUGCCUAUCCAUCUUGGGUCUCAGCGUUCUGCUUCUCAUUUACUGGAGGUUUUCACAGUUGCGUCGUUCUUUGGCUGGUCGACUGACAAUGGGUCUUGCGGUGGCUCUUCUCUGUGCUCAGGUUGCUUUUCUGAAUGUCUCAAUUAUUGUUCCGUUGGUGGAAAACCGAGGGUUCUGCGUCACUAUGGCGACUGUCUUUCUCUACUGUCUACUAUCCAGUUUUAUGUGGAUGGCUCUGUUUGGUGGCAAGUUGCUGGCGACCUUCACCAAUGUGAAAUCCCUUCUGACGCGAGCCUGCCAAUGUGGAUGCAUUAAACAACUUCUAGAUGGUUCAUCACGCUCAGGAGGCACGAUACGCUUUGCUGGCGGAAAAUGUGAAUCAGAUACGCAAAAGGAGUUCCGAAAGCACCUCUUUACGGCCUUGUUAGUGCCUCUUUGUAUAACUGCGGCUGCUCUCAUUGCAAACGAAACCGCCUAUACGAAGUUACUUCCAUUCUAUGACAACGCCACGACUUCUAACGACAGUCAAGCACUGGACAUAGAUGAGGAGCUCCUUCUGGGGCCCGUGCUUGCUAGGCUAAACCCUGGUUUCUGUCCCUACCCUGACUGGAAACGUGCUUGGUUUGCAAAGCUCAUGGGACUCAUUAUCUGGUUUCUCGCGCCAGCUGCAAGUCUUAUUUCUUUCAACCUAUUGGUCGUGAUCAUUGUGUGCUUCCAGUUAUACCGGAUGAGCAGAAGCCAUCGGAUACGAGAAUCUCCUGAAAAUACUCAUUUGCAGAAACAGAAGAAGAACCUGUUUGGGAUCUGCAUUAAAUUAUCCGUUAUUCUGGGGGCAAGUUGGUUCAUCCAGUUCUUCGCGGGUUGGUGGCCACAGCUAGAGAUACUGAGACGCAUUGGAGGGCUUAUGAACAGUGCUCAGGGUGGAAUCAUCGCUCUGUGCAUGUUGCUUAGCACGAAAGCCAGACGAGUCUUAAUCCAGCACUUACCGAAGAGCUGCCAGAGCCUACCUUGUUUCAAACCAUCUGAACCUUCAUCAAAGAGCACUACAACCAACUCUUCUGGAACCUGGACCAAAAUGUUCAGUGCGAAGCAGCGGGCAUUGAGAACGCAGUCCAGUUGUAAGACUGAUUCGCAGGCGAUCAGUCCGUGA